UGUACAUACGUAUGUCAUUGUAGGAACGGUAGAGCCAGCAUUCUUGAACGAGCGAAAGUCAAGGUAGAUCGAGGCUUAUUGCCAUUGUUAGAUGGUGGCAGGUUUAGGCCAAGUAAAGGAAUACAGUGCGAUAAUAACGGUGUAUUCUUAGUCCGUGCAAGAAGUACUAACUAACUUGAACUAAGUGCAGUGCAGGCAUCAAACUAGCGUUAGCGACUGGAGACGCUAAAUUUGUCAUCUCAUCCAUCCAUUUUGCUGGCUAUAGUACUUGUCAAAAUAGUAGUUUUCUGUCUCAGUCCAUGAUCCAGCACCUCUGCGGAAAUGGCGUUGAACAAGCAUACUCAACUCACCCUGGUAGUGUUCGCCAGUCUCAUCACCUGUUUACCUGACGUAGUUCUAGCUGACAUGCUGGUUAUGGUGAAUAUCAACUAUGAACACGUUGCUGCCCACACAUCUGAAGAAUUUUUGUCACUGGCCAUUGAUGCAAGUGAAGUUGAUCGCAAUUUUUCUGGCCUUGACCUGGAGUCGGAGAGGAUGAUCAAUAUUGGCAAAGCACUAGCUCCAGCUGUGCUCCGGUUUGGUGGCACUGCAGAGGACUAUAUCACGUACAAUAUGUCGGACUAUUCGAUAAGACGGGGGUCGUAUCCGAAUCAUGGUGGGAAGCCGUUGGAUAAUCAGCACUCGUCUCUGGGACUGGAUAGAGGAUAUACGUCUGAGCAAACAACCAUGACAGCAGGACAGUGGGACUACCUUAACGAGUACAUGAAAUCAACCGGAUUAUCUCUAGUGUUUGGUUUAAAUGCACAGAAGCGCAACGAAAACGGUUCGUGGAACAUUGACAAUGCAAGAGAGUUGAUUGAGUACACGAAGAAGAAAGCAUACCAAGUCAACUAUGAACUGGGAAAUGAACCUGACCUGUAUUAUGAGCAUACUGGUGAACUUGUUGUCAGUGGGGGUCAGCUGGCGGAGGACUUUAGAGUACUUGCAAAUUACCUGAAAGACACCACCGAAUCGUACAUAUUGGGGGGACCUGACGUUGCAACGCUGGACCGUGGACAUUUCUUUCAGACGUUUUUGGACAAGACCGCAGAAAUUGGAGUCGGUCCGAACGUGAUAACCUGGCAUCAGUACUAUGGAAGUGGUCACACAUUCAAACUGGAAGAUUUCUAUAGUGCCGAUGUCUUGGACAAGCUGAUUAGAGAGCUUGGUACAGUGGAGGACAUGCUGGAGGAUGCAGGUCUGCAUCAUGCCGAGAUGUGGCUUGGAGAGACUUCCAGUUGCUAUGAUGGCGGGGCGCCGGGGAUAUCAGAUAGAUUUGUCGCCGGAUUUAUGUGGCUGGACAAGCUAGGACUCACAGCUCUCUACAACUAUACACGCAUCUGUCGGCAAACGCUCUGGGGAGGAUCGUACAGUCUGAUAAACUCCAGCAGCGGACUGCCUCUACCAGAUUUCUAUGCAUCACUUGCGUACAAGCAGCUCAUGGGUGACAGAGCACUGUCAAUCCAAGGUCAGCUGGAGCGGGGCAGGAAGGUGCGAGUGUACGCCCAUUGCACACGCAUCCUACCCGGAAGUGAAUACAAACCCGGCUCUGUAACAAUCAUGGCAAUGAACAUUGAUAGAGAUACCGAUGCACAGAUGAGGCUGGACAGUCGCUUUGAUCACACCGUAGUUGCGCAAUACCUUUUCCAGCCGGUGGAUUCUACGCCCACAAGCAAAUAUGUAAUGCUGAACCGUAAUGUGCUGGGACUGAUUGAAGGCAAAACAGUGCCUACACUGCGGCCCAAGCUGGUUGUCAUACCAACCAAUGGUACCAUCCAGGUCCCUGCCAUGUCCUACGCAUUCUUUGUACUGCCAACCGCCAACGCAACGGCUUGUAUGUCCGCACGGACGUCUGCCAGGGAUAUGGCAUACAAUUACUAUUCUCAACUCAUCUUGUUGCUGUUUGCUGUCAUCGCGAUAUACUUGCCUGGCCCGCACAGUGAUGUUCUAGCUGAUACUAAUAACGUUGUAAAUGUGAACAUCGACUAUGGGCGUGUGGCUGGCCGUACUUCUGAAGAAUUUUUAUCACUGACCAUUGGUGCGGGUGCAGUUGGUCGCAAUUUUUCUGGCCUUGACCUGGAGUCGGAGAGGAUGAUCAAUAUUGGCACAGCACUAGCUCCAGCCGUGCUCCGGUUUGGUGGCACUGCGGCGGACUAUAUCACGUACAAUAUGUCGGACUAUUCGAUAAGACAGGGGUCUUAUCCGAAUCAUGGUGGGAAACCGUUGGAUAAUCAGCACUCGUCUCUGGGACUGGAUAGAGGAUAUUCGUCUGAGCAAACAACCAUGACAGCAGGACAGUGGGACUACCUUAACGAGUACAUGAAAUCUACCGGAUUAUCUCUAGUGUUUGGUUUGAAUUCACAGAAGCGUAAAGAGGAUGGUUCGUGGAACAUUGACAAUGCAAGAGAGUUGAUUGACUAUACGAAGAAGAAAGCAUACAAAGUCAACUAUGAACUGGGGAAUGCACUUAGACGCAACAAUGGCCAGUAUGGCGGCAUGGAUGAACCUGACCUGUAUUAUGAGCAUACUGGUGAACUUGUAGUCAGUGGGGGUCAGCUGGCCGAGGACUUUAGAGUACUUGCAGAUUACCUGAAAGACACCACCGACUCAUACUCAUUAUGCGGACCUGACGUUGCAACCCUGGACCGUGGACAUUUCUUUCAGACGUUCCUGAACAAGACUGCAGAAAUUGGAGUUGGACCAAAUGUGAUAACCUGGCAUCAGUACUAUGGAAGUGGUCGGACAUUCAAACUGGAAGAUUUCUAUAGUGCCAAUGUCUUGGACAAGCUGAUUGCAAAGCUUGGUACAGUGAAAGACAUGCUGAAGGAUGCAGGUCUGCGUCAUGCCGAGGUAUGGCUGGGAGAGACUUCCAGUUGCUACGGCGGUGGUGCACCGGGGUUAUCAGAUAGCUUUGUUGCCGGGUUUAUGUGGCUGGACAAGCUAGGGCUCACAGCUCUGUACAACUAUACACACAUCUGUCGGCAAACGCUCUCCGGCGGAUCGUACGGUCUGAUCGAUUCAGCCAGCGGAUUACCUUUGCCCGAUUUCUAUGCAUCACUUGCGUACAAGCAGCUCAUGGGUGACAGAGCACUGUCAAUCCAAGGUCAGCUAGAGCGGGGCAGGAAGGUGCGAGUGUACGCCCAUUGCACACGCAUUCUACCCGGAAGUGAAUACAAACCCGGCUCUAUAACAAUCAUGGCAAUGAACAUUGAUAGAGAUACCGAUGCACAGAUGAGGCUGGACAGUCGCUUUGAUCACACCGUAGUUGCGCAAUACCUUUUCCAGCCGGUGGAUUCUACGCCCACAAGCAAAUAUGUAAUGCUGAACCGUAAUGUGCUGGGACUGAUUGAAGGCAAAACAGUGCCUAUACUGCGGCCCGAGCUGGUUGUCAUACCAACCAAUGGUACCAUCCAGGUCCCUGCCAUGUCCUACGCAUUCUUUGUACUGCCAACCGCCAAUGCAACGGCUUGCUUGUGAUUCCACACCUCUGAGCAGUGAGUUAUGAUGUCAUCAUCAUCAUGAGUAAAUACAUGACUCACACCAGCAUGCAUGUUAAGCUGCGAGUUAUGAUGUCAUUAUCAGUAUGAGUCGCGCCAGCAUGUAUGUGAUGUCAUAUCUCUGAAGUCUGAAGCAGUGAGUUGAAAUGUGAUCAUGAGCCACCAUCCAUGACUCGCGCGUCCACCAGCAUGCAUGCAACGUCAUACCACUGCAGCCUGCAGCAGUGAGGUAUGAUGUCAUUAUGAGCAUGACUCAUGCGGGCAUGCGUGUGACUUCAGAUAACUAGCAAUCAGCCACAGUACCGGCCUAUUGUGGUCUCUGAACCCAGUUGCAUUGACGCUUCUACUCCAAGACAGGUGUGGUUUCACGGCGAAAUGGCUUCUGAAAAAGUUGCAUUUACGGUCACCUGUGCUUGACAUCUCUCCUCCAUUGUAUACUCAAUCUUUGGACAACAACUAGCUGUUUCAAUCUUGACACGUCUCAUCAGCGGAGCGCAGAGUGAGUGCGACUGGCCGGACCGUGUCUAUUAUUGGUGUGGAUCCAGAUCACGAGAAGAGUCUGGAUCAAUAGUAGUUGACUCUUUUUGAACAUAAGUAUUUUUUAAAUAGUUGACCCAGUUUGAUUAAGAUUCCUAGAAACUGAAAAUGGGCAUAACAGACUCUAGACUCAUUUCCCUCAAGAUCUCCUACAUUUUGUACAUGUAUUUUGGCUUGAUGUUGUUUGCUCCUUCCAUAUUGAUCAAGGACUGCAUACAUAAAUGCAGCAUUGGACAAGA